AUGGCGACGACAAUGAAAGCCGUCGUGAUCCACGAGGCAGGCGGGCCCGAAGUUCUCAAGAUCGAACAACUUCCAAUCCCGAACCCUCAGCAGGACGAGGUGCUCAUCCACGUCAAGGCCUUCGGUCUCAACCGAUCGGAACUCUUCACUCGCCAGGGAUACAGUCCCAGCGUCAAAUUUCCCCGCGUGUUGGGGAUAGAGGCGGCCGGGGUUGUUGAAAAGUGCCCCAGCGGCAGAUUUAAGAUCGGACAAAAGGUUGCCACUGCGAUGGGAGGCAUGGGUCGCGACUUCAAUGGCGGAUAUGCCGAGUACACCUGCGUCAAGGCGGACAACACGCAAGGGCUCGACACAGAUCUGGAUUGGACGAUCGUGGGCGCCGUGCCGGAAAUGCUGCAGACGAGUUAUGGGUGUCUAUUCAAAGCCCUCAAACUUAGGAGCGAGGAUCGUCUGCUCAUUCGCGGCGGCACGACGUCCGUUGGGUUGGCGGCGGCGGCCAUUGCGAAGAACCAUGGCUGCUUUGUUGCAGGUACCACAAGGAAUGCUGCAAAAGCCACGGCUGAACUGAUGCACAAGAGUGGAGUUGAUCAGGUCAUUAUCGAUGAUGGCCAAGUCGCUGAGCAGGUCAAGGACAAGAAGUUUGACAAGGUCUUGGAAUUAGUAGGGACAUCCACUCUGAAGGAUUCCUUGCGGUGUGCGGUCGCAGGUGGGAUUGUGUGUAUGGCGGGCAUUGUUGGAAAUAGCUGGACCAUGAAGGACGUCUCUCCGAUGGAGCUAAUUCCGCAUACCGUCUGCCUGACAGUUUAUUCUGGUGGUCCAGCUGAGUUCAAAGAGACUCCUCUCAACGACUUGCUCAAGCAGAUCGAGGCAGGGACCUUGCCAGUCCAGAUCGGAAAAGUGUUCAAGUUGGAUGACAUCGUCGAAGCACAUGAUACCAUGGAGAAGAAUCUCGCUCGUGGCAAAAUUGUGAUCUUGACAGGGUAA